UCUUAACCAAAGCAUUUUUUGAUAGAUUAGUGCAUGAAGCAUAAGCAAUCUGCACAGUGAUCGGUUGAAGUCAAUUUUCUAACCGAACUAUCAUCAAACUGACUCUGAUUAGUUUUGUAAAUUAGAUGUUAAAACCAACCUCUCCCAUCAUCGGCCAGUGGUGGAUUAGUUUUAUUGUUUAAUUUCUUAUAAAAAUAUUGUCCAGCCGUAGGAAGGGAAGGAACGAACAGUAACGUAGAGACUAUGGAGGCCCAAAAGAAGGCCCAAAAUUAUAAGAAGACCCUACCGGAGGAUUUGAAAGGAGAUGAUGAUUGGACCAAUAAGAUAACCUUAUCCACCAAUAAAGCAUUCAGAACUUGCCACGUCAGACCAACAUCAAGAUUUCAACCUCACCAAAAAUCCCCAAUUUCCACCGCUUCUACUUCUCACUGGCCCACUCCCAAUUCCCAAAAAUCCCCUAAUCCCCAAUUCACAUCUUCCUCAAUUUUCCACAAAAUCCUCAAUUCCCUUCACCUCCAUCCAUUUCAUCCCAUCAAUGGCUUCCACUUCCGCUGUUUCAAUGGCCUUACCAUUCACCCACGCCACCCACAAACCACUCUCCAACGACGCUUUCUUCAACCCAUUGCCUUCUUUUAAGUCCCGCAAGCCCAUCGCUGCUGCUCCCAUUUCCAACGGAAGGAUCGUCGCCGUUCGAUCGUCGUUGAAGGAGAAGGCUGUUGCUGGAAUCACGGCUGCUGCUCUGGCCGCGUCGAUGGUGAUCCCAGAGGUUGCCGAGGCUGCCGGAUCCGGAGUGUCGCCUUCGUUGAAGAACUUCUUGCUAAGUAUUGCGGCAGGCGGAGCGGUGGUGGUGGCGAUAUUUGGGGCGGUCAUCGGCGUCGCGAACUUUGACCCGGUGAAGCGAAGCUGAGUGGAAAUGUGAAGUAAAAGAAAAAAAAAAAGAAAGUAAAUUGUAAUUUUUGUGUCUUUCGUUUAUUUAAUCGUUGUGUUUGUGGCAAUGUAUGGAUUUUUUAGCUGUAAACCUUUUUCAUUCAACUCUAAAUUUCUUCAUCAA